CUGACAGAGGACUGGACCAAUCAUGCUGCUGCUCCUGGUGCUCGCCGUGAGCUGCGCUCAGAUCAUUUUUGCUGUCGGAGUGUUAUGUAUGCCCGCUCCGCUGCAGGGAACCCACGUAGACCACGGCUGGGGGCAGGUGGUCCGGCUCAGACACCUGUAUGCCGCCAGACACGGAUUACACCUGGUGAUCGGCGUGGACGGGCAGAUCCACGGAUCUGAGGAUCAGACGGCCUACAGUCUACUGGAGAUCCGGCCGGUGGAUACGGGACGUGUGGUCAUCAGAGGAGUCGCCACUGAUCGGUUCCUGUGCAUGGAGGGAGACGGGAGACUCUACUCAUCGAUCGCCUACAGCAGAGAAAACUGCACCUUCAGGGAGCAGAUCCUACCAGACGGGUACAACGUCUACGUCUCUGAGGGGCACGGAGUCCUGCUCAGUCUGGGAAACCACCGGCAGCGACUGCAGGGUCGGGACCGAGGCGUCCCUGCUCUGGCCCAGUUCCUCCCCAGGAUCAGUACCCUGGAGCAGGCCCCCCCCCCCGGACCGGGCAUCCCCGAGGAGCCCGGGCAGAGUUUUUAUCUACAAGAGGAACCCAUGGACUCCAUGGACCCGUUCAGGAAGCUGUCUCAGAUCAUCCACAGUCCCAGCUUCCACAAAAGAUGAGACGGACGCUGCCACACUCCUGGAGACAGAUGUGACCUGGGGUGAAACCGCACACUCCGCUGCAGGUUGUAGAGCCGAGGAGGCUGAAGAACGGAUGCAGUGACAUCCUUCAGAGCCGGGGUCCUCCUGAGGCGUGCUACAGAGGGAGGAGUCAAAGCUGUACUGAGAAACCAGCCUAAAGUUUACUAAGACCACGCCCACGGCGCCGAGCGAAGGAUGGAAUGGCGUCUAAAGAAGAGGAAGGCGACAGAGUUAGAAAAUGAGAGGACAGAAAGACAUGAAGUAAUCAGGCCCAGGUUCCGGUGUGUUCUAAAAGACAGAACUGUAUGAGUGAAGAGUCCUGCAGAGUCCUCCAUAGUUCCUAAAACAAAGGUUGGUUAUUGUUCUACAGGCUGGACCACGAGGACUUCAGACUUUGGUUUUCUAAAGA